AUGCCUUUCAACCCUCCCAGGGCAGGAACCUUUCCGCCUGACGAUAACUUGUAUCGCUUCGUAUCAAACACGUCCACAGACUCGGUGUCAACGAUAUCCCUCUCAUAUCUUGAGGACUACGGCAUUCCUCAUCAUUGGAACUUCCAGGCUGAGCGUCCUGCAUUGAAGACAAUCGAGACUAAUCUCUGUUGUGAGCAGUCCGACAACGAUCCUCCCAUCACCCCUACCCCCGUCGAUUUUCCCGAGAAGCCGGCGGUCGUCGAAGAGAAACAGGGACUUAUUGAGUUCAGGGUGGUCAACAAUGACAACUCGAGGGAAAGUAACAUUAUUUUGACGGGGUUGAAAUGCAUCUUUCAGAAACAACUGCCGAAAAUGCCCAAGGACUACAUCGCUCGCCUUGUAUACGACAAAACACAUUUAUCAAUCGCCAUUGUCAAGCAGCCUCUCGAGGUCGUUGGCGGCAUCACCUACCGACCGUUUAACUCAAGAAGGUUUGCGGAAAUCGUCUUUUGCGCGAUCUCAUCGGAUCAGCAAGUCAAGGGCUACGGGGCUCAUCUGAUGGCGCACUUGAAAGACUAUGUCAAAGCCACUUCGCCGAUCAUGUAUUUUCUCACUUACGCCGACAACUAUGCGAUUGGGUACUUCAAGAAGCAGGGCUUUACCAAAGAGAUCACCCUGGAGAAGUCGAUCUGGAUGGGGUAUAUCAAAGACUACGAAGGAGGCACAAUCAUGCAAUGUAGCAUGUUGCCCAAAAUUCGCUAUCUCCAGGCUCCUCGAAUGCUCCAGAAGCAGAAAGAGGCAGUCAUGGCCAAGAUCCGAGCAGUGAGCAAGUCCCACAUCGUUCAUCCACCACCAGCACAAUGGAAGAAUGGCAUUGUCGAGAUAGACCCCAUGUCGAUUCCAGCAAUCAAAGAGUCUGGGUGGUCUCCUUCGAUGGAUGAACUCUCCCGACAACCUCGACAUGGUCCGAACUACAACCAGCUUCUUCACUUGCUCAAUGACAUGCAGAACCACACCGCGGCCUGGCCGUUUGCCCAGCCGGUCAACAAGGACGAGGUCCCCGAUUACUAUGAAGUCAUCAAGGAGCCGAUGGACCUGUCGACAAUGGAGGAACGGCUUCAGAAUGACCUGUACCCCAGGCCGGAAGAUUUCAUCAAGGACGCCAAACUCAUUUUCGACAACUGCCGGCGCUAUAACAACGAAACGACACCAUACGCUAAGAGUGCGAACAAGCUGGAAAAGUUCAUGUGGCAACAGAUCAAAAAUAUCCCGGAAUGGUCGCACCUGGCGGAAUAA